AUAAGUUAUAAGUUACUCCAAAAUAAGCUAACCCAAACACCCUCCUUGUCCUUGUAAAUUGUAUUUUGUAACGAUCACCGGCCUUUCGAUUCAUCGUCUUAUUCGUGUGUGAAUGCUGUUUGGUGUAGCUUAAUCUUUCUUCUGAAUGGAAACAUCAGAAACUCAAUCUGAAACAAAAGCGAAUGUUGUCCAGCUUUUUUCGCAUUUCAUGGCAAGGGUUGCAAAAUUUGAGGAUCUUGCUGCUGCAGGGAAUCGAUUUCUAGUUAAUUUUCGUCAAGCGCUCGAGUUCAUCAGAAGACCCUCUAUUGAUAAAACAUCAACGAUCUUUGAGAAGGUGAUUAAAGCUAAUAAUACUGAUCGGAUUCAGUCUUACAUUAAUGCUGGAUAUGUUCAUCCUUCCAGUAGGGCUGAAAAUCUCAACAAGUUGAAUACAAGCCAUGUUCAACUGUUGAAUAUUACAAGUAAAGCAAAAGAUAUUAUCAAUGAACUUGAAUUCCUCGUUGAGGAUGUACAGCUGGCCAUUGAAGCUGCUGUAAGCGAAUCUUCACAAGAUUAUCAUACUGAUUUGGAUCUUGAAGCAGCUACUUGUAGUGAGGAGGGGAAUGUCUCGUUUGUCCCCAAGAAACCUGGAGACGUUGAUUAUGCAAUUAUGGUAGCAGUAGUAUAUAGCAUGGUUAAACAGGAUUAUGUGAUGCAGGAAAAGAUUGUUUCUUCGCUUAGUUUAAAGACAUCAUCAGGAGAACUAGAGAGCUACUGUUUGAUGUGGUCGCUGCACCCCUUUGUGAAUGAUGAGAUUAUGCAUCAAGCUUGGAGCCUGAUUUCAUAGUUCUUUGACUCAUUUUAUGACAUUUGGCGGCAGAUACGAAGCGGAAUCUUUAGGUUGUGAGUUUGAGUAUCCUUUUAAGGAUGCGGAGGUGAAAGUUUCUUUUUUCUUUCGGAAGAAUAUUAUUAUUUUUUUUAAAUACACGUUUUUGAUAUGUGGAACUGAACCACGGUCACUAUAUUGUGUUUUGUUGUAGCUUUGAUUUUUGGAUUGUGACGUUUAUGAUAA